AUGGCAAGUCACGGAGUUCCCCGCGUGUCUGGCGCAAGCGUCGACAAGAGCGAGCAGGCCCGCGAGAACGAGCGCAAGCAGAUCGAACACUACAAGAGCCUCGAGCGUCAGGUGACUGAGAAGAUCAAGGCAGCAGACUACUCGUCCACCGCCCUCCAGCUCACCUCGUCACUCCUCUCCCAGAACCCGGAGUACUACACAACAUGGAACCACCGCCGCGUGAUCCUCGCAGACGUCUUCGCACGAGACCUGAACAACACCGACGCCCACGUUGAAGCCAAAGAUGCCGAAGCAGCCGAGAAAGCUGGCCUCACCAUACCCCAGCGCGAGAUCCUCCUUCUGAUCAAAGAAGACCUCCAGUUCCUCAUCCCACUCCUCAGGCAGUACCCCAAAUGCUACUGGAUCUGGAACCACCGCCGCUGGCUGCUCACCUCCGCGGCCACCUACAUCCCGCCCCGCGCCGCUCUUGAACUAUGGCAGGGUGAGCUGGGCCUCGUGAGCAAGAUGCUCUCGCUCGACAGCCGCAACUUCCACGGAUGGGGUUACCGAAGAGAGGUCGUGGAGCAGAUCGAGCGUCUGCGCGAGAAGAGCAUGGUCGAGCCGGAGUUUGAGUACACCGCCAAGAUGAUCAGGAGCAACUUGAGCAAUUUCAGUGCGUGGCACAAUCGGGGACAACUUAUGCCGCGAUUGCUAGAUGAGAGGACUGCGGAUGUUGAGGACAGGAAGAAACUGUUGGACGCCGAGUUUGAGCUCAUCACCGAAGCCUUGUACACAGAUCCUUACGACCAGAGCUUGUGGUUCUAUCAUCAGUUCUUGAUGUCCACGUUCGAUGAGCGGAACCCCAAGGCACCGAAGAUCCUGGCCAACGUGGGCAAUGCAGAAAGGCUGGAAUACCUGGAGCAGGAGAUUGACAGUGUGAGGGAAAUGCUCGAUGGGGCUGAGGAUUGCAAGUACAUCUAUCAGGCACUGCUGGAGUACUCUAGCAGAUAUCUUGAGGUCGACGCGGGCAACAAGAAGGUCACCACUGUGGAAAUGAAGAGCUGGCUAGAUGAGUUGAGAAAGAUUGAUCCUCUGCGAGACGGCAGGUGGGGGGAUUUGGCUAGGAAGCUGAAGCUAUGA